AUGAUGGCUGGAGUUUUCAAAGAUCUCAAAUACUUCUUAUUAUUCUUUAUAAUUUUCAUCUUGCAGUUUGGAAUGAUCUUCUUAGUCAUUUUCAAGGCUUAGUAAAUUGAUGAAUAUAAUGGAGUAAAUAAGUUAGCAUACUUUUUGAUGGCCUUUAGAAUUUCAUCUGGAGACUUCCAACUUGACGAUUACCAUAGUUAAGCUGACGGUUUAGUAAUUUUUACAUGGAUCAUCUGGUUAAUAGCAGUCCUGACUUUGAAUAUCGUAUUCAUGAACUUUAUAAUUGCUGUGAUAUCUGAAUCAUAUGAGAGAGUUAUGCAGAAAUUAGUCGCUGAAUCAUACAGAGUAAAAGCAAAUAUGAUUGUUGAGAGGGAACAGCUUUUUAGUUAAGAUGAAUUGAAACUCACAAAAUACUUUCCAAAUUAUAUUGUUAUCAGAAGACCUUAAAACACAGAAAUCACUGAUGCUGGGGAAUGGCAAGGAUUUAUAAAAGAUCUGAAGUAUACCAUAAGGACAACAGUGGUUAAGUCUAAAGCAGAAAUUAUCUAAAAUCUUAAUUCUAUUCAAACCAAGAAUAAUCAGAAGCUAGAUAAAGUGAUAGGUCAAAAUUCUAAGCAACUCACUAAUGAAGGUCUUGAUGCAAAAAUUAUUAUAUUGAAUUAGAAACUUGAUCUAGUAUAAGAGAAUAGCAAGAAUGAAUUUGAAAAAUAAUCUAAAGGUAUAGUUGCGCUAGAAGUAUAGGCUAAAGGUCUUGAUGGCAAAGUUGAUGGUCUUGAUGGAAAAGUUGAUGGGCUUGAUGUAUAAGUUAAAGGACUUGAUACCAAAGUUGACGGACUUGGUACUUAUGUGCUUAAAAUCCAAGAAGACAUGGAAUUCAUUAAGAGUUCCCUUGCUUAAUUGCUUCAAAAAUAAAAUCAGUGA